UCUUCCACCUCCGCUGCGGCUGCCGCAAUGGCGACCGUCGGGGAAUGCAGGCCCCUGCCCAGUCCUGAGACGCUGCUGGGACAGUCGUGGAAUCUGUGGGUUGAAGCUUCCAAACUUCCUGGGAAGGACGGGACGGAAUUGGACGAAAGUUUCAAGGAGUUUGGGAAAAACCGUGAAGUCAUGGGACUCUGUCGGGAAGACAUGCCAAUAUUUGGUCUCUGUCCAGCCCAUGAUGAUUUCUACUUGGUGGUGUGUAACGACUGUAAUCAGGUUGUCAAACCGCAGGCAUUUCAAUCACAUUAUGAAAGAAGACACAGCUCACCCAGCAAGCCUUCUUUGGCCGGUCCUCCCACUUCAGUGUUUUCCCUCUUCCCUUCUCUGUCCAAAAGCAAAGGAGGCAGUGCAAGUGGAAGCAGCCGCUCUUCCAGUGCAGGCCUCCUGAGCACGUCUGCCGCAAGCUCCAAGUUGUCGAAAUCACCCAAAGAAAAACAGCAGCUCAGGGGGGACACCAGGUCAAUACAAAUCAUUCAGCAAAGUAAAGUUAAUCCGAAAUUCCUGCCGGCCCCCGUCAAAGUGGAGAAGUUUCCCCCAAAGAUGGACGGCACACUACUGAAAUCUGCUGUGGGGCCAACCUGUUCUGCUACUGUGAGUUCCUCAGGCAAGCCUGGCCUUAACUGCCCCUCCAUACCAAAGCAAAACUUGCCUUCACCCGGACAGAUUCUGAAUGGCAGAGGGCUUCCUGCACCACCCGUCCCAGAGAAGAAAUCCGAAGACAGUUCCAAUCAUCGGAAAUUUUUAAAUAAGAGAUUAUCAGAAAGAGAGUUUGAUCCUGACAUACACUGUGGGGUCAUUGAUCUCGACACCAAGAAGCCCUGCACCCGGUCUUUGACAUGCAAGACACAUUCCUUAACCCAGCGGAGGGCCGUCCAGGGAAGAAGAAAACGAUUUGAUGUGUUAUUAGCUGAGCACAAAAACAAAACCAGGGAAAAGGAAUGGAUUCGCCAUGCAAACUCUCAGCAACCAACGCAGCCUCUCAGGGACCCGCCUCCCGCCCUGCCUCGAGCUUCCCAGGGGCCACCCCACAGCUCCCAUGGAGGGAUUCCUGCCGAAGCAAAGCUUGCACUCGCUAGUAAACUUCAACCUCACACCUCCAGUCUUCCGAGGCCUCCAGGCUGCCCUGCUCAGCAAGCUGGGAGUGCCCCCAUUGACCCUCCACCAGGCCAUGAACCUCCACACCCUCCCCUGCCUGCCACUGAGCCAGCUUCUCGGUUAUCCAGUGAGGAGGGCGAAGGCGAUGACAAAGAAGAGUCUGUUGAAAAACUGGACUGUCAUUAUUCAGGUCAUCAUCCUCAGCCAGCAUCUUUUUGCACAUUUGGGAGCCGGCAGAUUGGAAGAGGCUAUUACGUGUUUGACUCCAGGUGGAACCGGCUUCGCUGCGCCCUCAACCUCAUGGUGGAGAAGCAUCUGAAUGCGCAGCUGUGGAAGAAAAUCCCCCCAGUGCCCAGCACCACGGCGCCUGUCUCCACCCGAGCUCCUCACCGGACAAACUCCGUGUUGACAUCCCAGUGUGGGGUCGGCCUCCUUGGGGCACCCACCAUCUCUACACCCCCGGUCCUGCUCUCGUCCACCUGCCACUCCCCACAUAGCAAAUCAGUGCCGGCUCACGGAACCACACUAAACGCGCAGCCUGCCACCUCCGGCGCCCUGGGCCCCGUGUGCAGCAUGCAGUCCAGACCAGUCUCCUCCUCCACCUCGUCCCCCUCCACGCCGGCUGGCUUCUCCUCAGUCCCGUCCACCUCCAUGUCCAGGAAACCUCAGAAAUUGAAAUCCAGCAAGUCUUUAAGGCCCAAGGAGCCUCCUGGUAACAGCACGAACUGUCACGGUGCCAGUAGCAGCAGCAGCAGCAGCAACAGCAACAGCAACAGCAACAGUGGGGGCUCAGGAAAGAAGCGCAAAAAUAGUUCCCCACUGUUGGUCCACGCCUUUGCCGCCUCCUGCUCCUCCUCCUCCUCCUCCUCUUCUUCUCAUUCCAUGGAAUCUUUUAGGAAAAACUGUGUAGCUCACUCUGGGCCUCCCUACCCCUCAACGGUAACAUCUUCCCACAGCCUUGGCCUCAGCUGUGUGACGAAUAAAGCGAGUGCAGUGAGCACUCGGCACGACCAGGCAGGGAGGGGGCCCCCUGGCGGGACCCCCGUGGAGCCCAUCAAGAGGAUGAGUGUGAUGGUGAACAGCGGAGACUCUACCCUUUCUCUGGGCCCCUUCAUCCACCAGUCCCCCGAACUGACUGCCAACUCCUACAGCAGCUUCACCCAUGCGCCCACGGCUCUGGACAGGUUCCUGGGGAAGAAGAGGAAGUGCUCUCCUGGCUCCAGCAGUGGCAGCAGUAGCAGCAGCAAACCCACCAAGGUUGCCAAGUUGCCAGCCAUGAACAACGUCCACAUGAAACACACAGGCACCAUCCCAGGGGCACAAGGACUGAUGAACAAUUCCCACCUCCAUCAGCCAAAAGCACGUCCCUGACAGCUGAAAAGUAGCACGGGGAGGAAUAAUCUGGACACUGUUGAGGACAAGUUACACCUCCACGCAACACUCUGGACUCCACGAUGCCUUUGAGUCUGUUUUCCCAACUUCCUGUGGGUCUCAAGGGUAGGAAGCUGCCGGGCUGUUGUUUUAACAAGGAUUCCCUGAAGCUAUGUCUGUAGCAGUGAGUACUCAUAAAGGACACUGGAUCAAGUUCAGCCACCGAAUUGCUUUUGUCAGUGUUAAGUGGUCUGGACUGCUUUGUGCUACCAAUCUGUGAGAAGCCUGUGUUUGUUGUAACUUGCAGUAUAUCAUGGAGCCACUCCUGUCAAGUAGAUUGGCUGGCGAAGGAACGUUUUGGCAAGAGCGUGGAUUUAGUCUCGUCUCCCUCCCUCCCACGCACACCCCUGCCAACUUGUUUUGUUUUGUUCUUGUACACUGUCUUCUGUAGGUCAGUUGCCAGUAGUGAGGCUCGUACCUGGAGGUGCCCUCCAGAGGCGAGGCAGAGGCAGAGCGCUGCACCCCAGCAGCCCUGUGGAAGGGAGGCUUGUGUCGCAGCGUUCCAGGAUGGUGCGUGGACAGUAGCACAAGGCACCAGGACAGAACAGCCUGUUUUUGCCCAGCGUUUUGACAAGUCAUUUGAGAUAAGAAACACUCAGAAUUUUCUAACUGGUUUGAAGCCAUAGAUGUCCAGAGAGCAAGUAUACACCAUUUUAGAGGCUUAAUGUUCAUGGUACAAACACAAUCCUAUAUGAUUUUAAAAGAAAAGAUAGAGGUAUGUGAAAUAAAUGCAAGCCAGUUUUGAUACAGGAAAGCCAAAUGUGGGGGCAGGGAUGAAGUAAAAUCAUCCUGGAGUUGGGGUCGGGGGCGCUUGCCCAGGUUUUCAAAGAAUGGUCUCAUCUUUGACAUCUUGUCCACGUUAAUUAGCAUGCUUGAUUGGGCCGACUGACCCACUCAGACUUCUGUUAUCAAAAAGUUGCCUUUUUAAAGUGACGUUAUUAAGACACAGCGGAAACUCACCCAUGGAAGCAUAGUUCACUUCAAUGUUUCCAAGGUGUGCUCUGCGUUACACUCAGGCUCCACUUUGGAUACCGCCCUGGAACUUGGAUAUCAGUCACCACGUUGAACCCUCCCCAUGUUGUGUGUGCAGGCGUGAGUGUGUGUACAUUCCCCCCACCCACCCCCUUCAUCCCACUACAGAUGUUUAAGGAUGCUGUUAGGGUGGAGAGCAGACAGCAGGAGGGUGUGUGCGUAAAGAAGGCAGACAUCCCCACGUGGAAAUUUCAUGUAUUACUUGCCUGACAUGCCUCCCUUUGUGGGAUUACAUGCCAGCCAUCUUCCCGAGUGUGGAGCCCUCCAGGAUACGCUGUCUAGUAGCCCAGCCCCACGGAACUUCCUAAGUUCACACAUCAUUGCUUGAGAAAGUGGUGUUGAAUUUUGGGAGUGAGCCGGGGCUUUUUAAACUGGUGAUCCUGACACCACACCCCUGAAAUGAAAAUGAGGUCUUUUCUGCUUGGAACACACAAAGUUGCACAAACAGGGUAAAUUUUCCAAGGCUCUAAUCAUUGUCUGGAUUGGAUAGAGCCAAGCAAUGUGUCCUGCCCCCCAGACUCUUGAGUUUCAAAUGAUAAGUUUCAGGGAAUUUCAAGUCAACAUCAAGUCGAAUAUGAGUACUUGGUUACCAGCCUAAUAAUGUGAAUUGCUACAAAAUUAUCCUUAUUAUGUAAGAAAACCAACAGAAAAACUUUAUGCAGAUACUCUAGCUAUCAAUUGAUGUAAAAUAUUGAUUUUUUUUUCCCCCAAGGGGGAACAUUGUCCUGUUCACUUAUUAUGCAAUCAAUCAGUAAAUAUUUAAAUGAUAGAGUUUAAUCAGGCGAAAGCUUAGUUAGGUAAGCCAGUUGGAUGUGGUGCCAAGGUUUGGCCUAGCCGUCAGUCCAUCAGAGAGCUGGGGGUGGGGUGGGGGCAGAGUGGAGGAGACGCGGAACUGAACAUGCCAAGUGUGAGUCCUUGGUGACAAGUGCAAUGGGGUAUGGGUAGAAUUGUUUUCAAAGCUGAGGGGACGUGAUGGUUACGAAGUUGUUUCGGUGAUGGGAUUUACAUACAGCAUGCUGCUCUGAAGGGCGUGAGCAGGAUGCACAGCAGCAAGCUGCUUGAGGACAUAGAUACUCAGAUUAGCGAGUGCUGAUCAUUUCAUUUCUUAGCCUGAAGUGGUCUUUGAGGUUCAUUCUGUCUCCGGGCGGUUACUCAGAGCUUCAGGAUUAGGAAAUUAGCCAUUUUGGACUCUGCCUGCCACAAACAGACCUAUUCUAAACAGUGCUAUUAAAGUUUAGACUGUUGUUAAAAUAUUUUUAUUUUCUCCUACAACUACUUUUUAUUAUGAUGAACACUUACGACCAUUUACAACACAGGAAUGCAAGUAUUUUUUUGAAUUAAAUUAACUUGCAAAACCAAAUUUUCAGUGAUUGGGUUGUUUCUAGACAGACUUUGGUAUCAAUUUAAAAGCAAGAUAAUUUUUAUAUUCUUUCCAAUAAAAUUUCAUGACUUCUGCAAUUUUCUUAACCUACAAAAACAAAGUGCUGCAAUGAUGAACAAAGAAUUAAUACAAAACCUACUUUUGUAUCUUUAUUUUGGAAUUUCUUGUUCUAUUAUAAAUAUGGAAGUAUCCCUAUUUCAGAAAACAUAUUUUGUUAAAAAUGAAUUGUACAUAUUUAAAUAUGUAUUUUUGCACAGGUCUUUUUUUCUGAUACCCUGUUUUGGUACAAUUGAGAUCAUCUAGUAUUUAUUUAUUAAUAAAAGUAAAUACCUUUUUAUAAUUUGAAGUGGUUCACUGCCAAGCCAAUAGUUCUAGAAUCCACCUCCUCUGUUUAAGGGAUGCCUCUGGUCUGUGAAAGUCUGUCCCUUUUCACGUCUAGGAGUGGGUUCAUCCGAUGAAGUGGGCAUUGCUUCUCCCUAGUUGCCUGAUUUCCCAACAGACUACAUGUAAUAAGUGACACACUGCUUUUCUUUUUGUUGGUGUGGUGCGCACACGCUGAGCACGUGUGUGCUGUGUGAGUUGUUUAAAACUAAUGGAGGAAAAAACUGAAAGUGCCUGAAGCUUGGACAGAUUUUCUUUUAAAAAGACUUGAAUGUUCAGUUGAAUUUUGGAGUUUGUGCCACCCCCACCCCAAAUAUUGCUUCUAAAUUUUAGGGGAGGAGUUGAAAGCCACCAAUGCUUGUAAUGCUGUCAGGUCUUUGAAGAUGAAGACCUUUUGUUUGGAGGUAGGUUACCCAGUGGCACCAAGGGUUUUUCCAGUCCUGUUUUCCGCCACCGGCAGCUUACAGGAUGUGUCCGCUUUGUUACUCAUUCGUGAGAUAGAGUUAAAAGAGAAUACUUAAGAAUAUUUUAUAUUCCAAAAAUACCAUACAAAGAAGUACCUCUGAAAAAAACAUUUAAUUUGAAAAAUGUAAUUGAUAUAGGCAGCUGUCUUCCUGCAAGAGUUCUGUUGCCAAGGAAUUUCUUAAUGUCUCUCACUCUGUCCCGGGGAUGGGCGGGCUUUGAAAAUGAUUGUUCAGUUUCAUUGUUUUGCAGACUAUAAUCAUUUUUAACCUUUUGUGAAACAUGUUUAGAUCAUUUAAAAGGAGCACUACAUACUGUCAGUGUGAAUGUAGGGCCUUGAGAGCAUCUGGCUGGUUUUUGGUUUUUGAGCUUGGUGAUAAAAGCAAUCUCCUCUGUUUAAGAUGUGUGAAGAGUUUGAUCAUUUGUACACAUAAUCAAGACCAUCUCAGCUGGACUUUGUGUUGGCUGCUGUAUAGAACAUGAACAAAUGUCAAGGGAUAGAAAAUUACUUUGGAUAUUUAAAAGAGAAGAAAUAUAUAGUCUAUUUGUUUUGUAACAAGUUUCUGUAAAUAAAAUAAUUUAUACUAUUUAUAAGAAAAAGUUGUGCUUUGCUUUAUGAAAAAUUAGUUUGUGGAACAAACAUGUUACUAAACGGGCAAUAAAAUUAGGACUACUUAAUAAAUAAGGUGGCUGCAUGAAA